GUAUCAUUAUAUCUUUGGAUAGGUGUGGUGUAUUACUUUACUAAACAGAGUUGAAGGAGUAUCAUAUAUAUUCUGUACUGAGAGUGACUAAAAAUUACUUAUGUUACAGGAAUCGAAGUAUUAAUUCCUAACACUCUCCACACAUCCACCUGCAGCAAGAUGGCAAAAUUUUUGUACUUUUUCAUUUUCAUCACGUUGACUGUGCGGGCGCAGGAGAACGCGGCUCGAAAUCUCUCGCCGUCACUGCGAGAGUGUUACGACAACAAAUAUCUUUUGGAAAGAGAUAAUAGACUACCGCAUACUUUGAAUACGUUCAUCGCGAUACUUCGUAAGAUUGAAAAUACAGAGGGCCUCAACAUGGAUUUGAGAAGUCUGUCCGUUGCACUUUUGCAUCGUUUCCGACAAGACGGUAUAACCCAGAAUCCUGCGAUCCCCGAUCAAGAUGGAAUAUCACCUUAUUCACCGAGUGGUCAUCAAUUCGCCCGUUUCGCCGAAACGUUGCGGCUCAUACCAGGAAACGCUUUAAUGUUCCCCAAUAACAGUAUCACCGACGUUGAAAGAUGUACGUUGCACUUCAUGUUAUCAAGCAGCGUUGAAAUUUUUCAAAGAGGAGACGAAGCAAAAGUCUGCAGAUUUUCAGAUAAGUAUAGAUAUCCAAGAGAUAUUAAGAGCAGGGAUAAAGCAGCGACCGAGACCCCUGUUAACGACGUGGAGACGUUGUCGUCCGACGAGAUAAAGAGUAUGACUCACCAUAAAACCGAAGGUAAACACAUUACGAUCGAUCCGAAUUCGCGAUAUCCGGAAGUACCGCCUAAUCAUCCAGAUAGUGCGCGAAUGAUGGACUCGCCUCGUAGCAAAUGCCCUAUAGAGAACGGCGUUGUGAAAACUUUAUGGGGUACAACUUCUCUCGGCCUGGUGCUGGCUGGUAUAGCUGCAGCUACGCAACCAGAAACAGCCAGACUUCCCGACUUACUGUCAGCGGACGUUUUAAGAAGGAAUGACACAGAUUUAGUGGGACGAACUUUGGAAAAUAAGUGGCUCGCGACUCUGGCAGGAGAUCUGGCGGAAGUGGCUUUGAGACAAGGCCCCAAAAACAAAGAUACCAAGUUCAGCGUUGGAUUGGACGGCUUUUGGAACUCCACCGCGUUGCCACGCUGGUAUUUCCUGAAUUCGAACAACAAUUAUGAUAUGACAACGGCGGAGAUCAGAGGGGACUUGGAUGGCUUGAUUUUGGCCGACGAGACUUACAAGUGGUAUUCUGCCAUACCUAACUUGAGACUGUCGCAAAUUUUCGACAUGUACUACAGCUCGUUAGGAUUCUUCGACUCGUCCAUCAGAGCGUGCAAUCGGAGAACAAUGUUCACAGCUGUUGCGCCAAACGACACGUUGGUCGCUCAGACGUACAGUGCUUCUAUAGUGUUGGCGGAUUUAGCACACGCAACGCUCGAAUAUCCGGUAAUUGAAAAGUUCUCGGUACAAGCAGUAAACGAAUUAGUGAAAUAUGUGCCCACGUCUAUGAACAGGGAUCUUUCCUGUGCUGACACGGAUAAAUCGUAUGAUUUCAAUCAAAUAUCUGUCGACUUGACAAUUAUCUUGGACACGAACUGGAAGUACUCUGUGAUAAAGCCCACUCUUGCGUAUUUACUGGAAAGCAUAGACAUAAAUCAAUUUAACUCCAACUUCACGUUGAUAAAUGGUCAAGAUGGAACACUGAUGAUCAACAGCACUUCUAGCAUUUUGGAUUUCUACGCUUACAAUUCAUCUCAUUAUGAAAAUGUUACUCACGGUUUCGAUUUACCGAAGUCGCUUAAAGAAUUGAAAGCACAUCUGACAAAUAAAUUAAAUAUGGAACGUGUUCAUGGUGUGGCUGGUGCACGUUCUGACGUUGUUUUAAUUGUUCCACAGAUUUCUGAUAUAUCUAAAACCGAUAAAGAUUAUUGUUUGCAAACUAUACAGCAAAUACGAGAAAACUUUCCAGAUACGACUAUACUUUUCAUGGCAGUGUCCAAAGAUUCGUGGUCCGAUCUAGUACAGAAUCGCACGACAGAUUUAUUUUCUAUUGGCACCGAAGAUACAGAAGAGGGUUUACGACCUAUAAAUAACGUAGUUUCAAGAAUUAAGUUAGUUCCCAAGCGAUUAUUCAAUAGCCAGUGUGGAUCAGAUUAUGUUCCAUAUGGACUUGUAAAUUCGUAUGAUGAUUACAUUUUACCAAAUGGUACUAACUUUUACAAGUUACAUCCCAAUUACUUUUUUAAUCAGCAAAAUACGACAAUAGUGAAGAUUCAAAGCUUAGACUCAGACAGUUUGGUUAUAUGUUCGUCGCGAGACGCUAAUGCAAUUAGGCAAACAUCUCACGCUAUAGAAACAUCUGAUGCGAAUGUCGUAUGUGCACGAAUAUCCAAUAAUAUACACAUCAUUGAAGUUUCUUGUUAUCAUGUCACUUUUAUUCGUGAUUGCCCGCCACUUUAUAUAUCUGUGACUUCAAACUCCACAAAUAAUCCUUACCGUUGUACCGAUCAACGAGUUUGCAGAAUUCCUAAUAUGAUAAGAUAUACUAUAUCCUAUGAAAACAUGGUGUGUACUAAUGGAGCAACUAGACUUGCAUUUAACUUUUCUGUUUUAAUGAUAAUUUUAAUUUUAUUAAAUAUGCAAUAAUUGCCAAACUUUACACAUAAAUUUAACAAAAUAUUUAAUUAUAUAGCGAUUUAAUGAAUAAGCCAACAAAAAUUGUCCGUUUUUGAAUAACGUAAUUCUACGUAAAAAUGUUCAGUAUUCAUCAAUUAAAUUUUAUAUAUGAUAUAAUAUAAAAAUCAAUUAACUAAAUAUGUAAUAUUUUUAUACAACAAAUUGUAAUAACAAUUUAUACACAAGUUUUAUAAUAAUAAGUAAUAUAUACCUCUUGUAAUGUGAAACUAUGCUUCAAAUAAAAGGUUUACAAAGAGCAA